CCCUCUGCUCUUUUCCUGCCGCGCAGCUUUUAUUCACCAUCCUUUUUUUUUCCCCCUUUCCUGCUCUUUGCAUUUCCAAUUGAACAAGCCACCAUGAGUCGGAUCUCUUUCAGAUCAUCUACUGGAGGGGGCGUGAGGGGCUUUAGCUCAGGGUCUGCUAUCGUAGGAGGUGGCAGCGGUACCAGAAGCAGUUUUAGCUCUGUCUCUGUCUCCAGAGUUGGAGGAGGAAGAGCCGGAGGUGGAGGAGGCUUCGGAGCUGGUGGUGGCUUUGGCAGCAGAAGUCUCUAUAACCUAGGUGGAAGCAAAAGAAUUUCCUACAGCUCAGUCGGUGGAGGUCUACGGAGUGGAGCCGGUGGUGGAUACGGCUUUGGUGGAGGAGCUGGCUUUGGUCUUGGCUAUGGUGGUGGAGCAGGCGCUGGUUUUGGCUUAGGAGGAGCUGGUGGUGGUGGCGGCUAUGGGCUGGGCAGUGGAUUUGGGCUGGGAGGUCCUGGAUUUGGUGGUCGAGGUGGCCCCGGGUUCCCUGUUUGCCCACCUGGUGGCAUCCACGAAGUGACUGUCAACCAGAGCCUCCUGGCACCCCUCAAGCUGGAUAUCGACCCGGAAAUCCAGAAGGUGCGAACACAGGAGCGGGAGCAGAUCAAGACCCUCAACAACAAAUUCGCCUCCUUCAUCGACAAGGUGCGCUUUUUGGAGCAGCAGAACAAAGUGCUGGAGACCAAGUGGAGCCUCCUGCAAGAACAAGGUCACACAGUCACCAGAAAGUCCCUUGACCCCCUUUUCGAAGCCUACAUCAACAACCUCAGAAGGCAGCUAGACAGCCUUUUGGGAGAGAGGGGAAGGCUGGACUCUGAACUGAGGAACAUGCAGGACAUGGUGGAAGAUUUUAAGAACAAAUAUGAAGAUGAGAUCAACCGGCGCACUGGUGCAGAGAACGAGUUUGUGGUUCUCAAGAAGGACGUGGAUGGUGCUUAUAUGAACAAGGUCGAGCUGCAGGCCAAAGCAGACGGACUGGCAGAUGAAAUUAACUUCCUGAGAGCUCUCUACGAAGCGGAAUUGUCCCAGAUGCAGCAGCAAGUAUCCGACACCUCCGUGGUCCUGUCCAUGGACAACAACCGUAACUUGGACCUCAACAGCAUCAUCGCAGAGGUCAAAGCGCAGUACGAGGACAUCGCCAACCGGAGCCGGGCUGAGGCUGAGGCUUGGUACCAAAACAAGUACGAGGAACUCCAGGUCUCCGCCGGGCGGCACGGUGAUGACCUGCGUAACACCAAGAUAGAAAUUUCGGAGAUCAACCGGAUAGUCCAGAGGCUGCGGAACGAGAUCGAGAGCGUGAAGAAACAGUGUGCCAACCUCCAAGCAGCCAUCGCCGAGGCGGAGGAGCGUGGGGAGUUGGCCCUCAAGGAUGCCAAAGCCAAACUGGCUGAGCUGGAGGAUGCUCUGCAGAAGGCUAAGGCUGACCUGGCCCGGCAGCUCCGCGAGUACCAGGAGCUCAUGAACGUCAAGCUGGCCCUGGACAUCGAGAUUGCGACCUACAGGAAGCUGCUGGAGGGCGAGGAGAGCAGGUGA